AUGAAUGUAGAAGAACAAAGGCUUAAUACAUUUCGAGACUGGCCAGGAAAUGCUGCUGUAGAACCCAGUCGAAUUGCUCAAGCUGGAUUUUAUUUUACUGGCCCCGGAUUAAAUGUUACUUGCUUUAGCUGUGGAUGUAACAUAUCAGAUUGGAAUUAUGGUGAUCAAGUAAUGACCAGGCAUCGUAAUUUAAGUCCCAAUUGCGCGUUUGUUAGAGAUCCAGUUAAUUCUGGAAACGUACCCUUAACAAUUAAUAGAAAUAAUCAACAAUCACAAGCCCGAACUACUUUAAAUUCAACAGAAAGAAAUCUUAUAGGGGCUUGGGAAUCACAAUCUUCUAUUUAUAAAAGAGAAUCAGCUAGACUUGAUUCAUUUAGUAAUUGGCCAAUUCCUUUUAUUGUUACACCAGAAGCAUUAGCUGAAACAGGGUUUUACUUUCUUCAUAAAGGUGAUGCUGUACAAUGUGCUUUUUGCAAUGGCAUAGCUUGCCGUUGGGAAGUAGGUGAUAUCCCAGAAGCCGAGCACAGAAGGCAUUUUCCAGAUUGUCCUUUUCUUCUUGGUCAAUCAGUAGGAAAUGUUCCCAAAAGGGAAAGAUUAUUUGCAUUGGAUAAUUUUGAAGAAUUGGGAAUUCAAAGGCAUAGGGGUCCCAAAAAUCCAAAAUUUUCAACAGCAGAUUCUAGACUUAGAACAUUUGAAAAUUGGCCAAGUAAUUUAACUCAACAGCCAAAUGUAUUGGCACAAGCUGGGUUUUUCUACGUCGGAAGACAAGAUCCUGACAUGGUUCGAUGCUUUCACUGUGAUGGUGGCCUAAGGCAUUGGGCACCUGAAGAUGAACCAUGGAGUGAACAUGCUCGAUGGUUUCCCAAUUGUCCUUUUUUACUUUUAGUAAAAGGACAAGAAUAUGUAAAUCAAAUACAAAGACUGUACAAUAAUUCAGAUAACCAAUUUAAAUCAACCUCCGAACCCGGCACAAGUAAUCCCGAUGUAAAAUCUUCUGGAUUGCAAGGGUCUUUAUCAGUAUCAAUGCCCAGUCUUUCAAAUUCACUCGUUCAAGAGGAAGAAGGUAAAGUGUUGACAAGAACUCAAUCGGUUUUAGAAAACAUAGCAUUAAAAGAAGAGAACAGAAGAUUGAAAGAAGCUAGACAGUGUAAGAUAUGUAUGGAUUCAGAAGUGGGAGCAGUUUUACUUCCCUGUGGUCAUCUUGUCGCAUGUGUAGACUGUGCUCCAAAUUUAAAAGAUUGUCCAGUAUGCAGGCAACAAAUCAAAGCUACAGUUAGAACAUUUUUUUUUUAA